AUGAUGUCGUCACCGGAUGAUUACAAAUUCGUUGCCAAAUUGGGCAAUCUGAAGACACUUGUACAAUUAUUAAGAUCUAUCAAUUUUAAAGAGUGGGCAACGUGUUGCUGCUCGGACAAUGGUGUAAAAAUAACUGUUGAGGAUAGCAAAUGUCUCCAAGGAAUCGCGUACAUUCCGAAAAUUAUUUUUCAAGAAUAUAAUCUUGCUGAAGACGUUAUAUUUAAAAUUAAUUUAACUGUUCUAGUGGAGUGUCUUGGAAUGUUUUGGAGUAGUAUAUCUACUCAAGGAGUUUCGGUUAUGCUCCAAUUGAUGUACAAAGAUGUAGGACAUCCAGUAUCUGUGUUAAUUGAAGAAGAUGGUAUUCUUACUGACUGUUCAUUAAAAACUCUUGAACCGGAUGAUCUUAUAGACUUUAAUAUCGAACCGAGUAACGUUCUCAACAAAGUUAUUUUAAAUACGGAAAUAUUACGUGAUAUUUGGAGCGAGCUGGACCCUACAACUGACGUGAUAGCGCUGUUGCUUUCACCAGAUCCGCCGUAUUUUAGAAUAAGCACCAGCGGUUUCGCGGGUGAAUGUCACAUCGAGAUACCUCACGAUACCGAAUCAAUUGAGAAUUUUCAGUGCAGCAUAGAGGCCACUUUUUGUUAUCAAUACUCUUCAAUGAAACCGGUAAUGAAAGCACUUGCUUGCGCUAAUAAAGUAUCACUAAAAACAGACAACAGAGGACUUUUGGUGUUUCAAUUUAUGGUAAAAACGGACGAUGGUCAUUUGAGUUACAUCGAGUACUACCUAUCGCCAGUUUUUGAUGCCGAUGAAUAG